UGAAUAAAAAUAUUUUGGUCCAUUAGUAAAUUGGACCAUCACCAGAAGGCUCUCAUGGCUUCUUCUUCUUCAUCAUCGAUUCGCCCCCAACGUUAACAUUGAAGCAGAGCGUGUCUUCGCCGAUCUUCCAAAUUCUACAUUUUAAAUGCUUACUCUCUUGACUGUUUUAAAUCUGUUUUUAAAACUGACGCCAAGGUUGAAGAAUGAAGCUUGCUGGGGCCAUACUGAAGAUUAACAGUGCGUGAUGGCGCCGAGCAAGAAGAGAAAGAGAGCCACAAUUCAUCCGCGAAACAAGUACUCUGAAAACCCACCCGAUUUCGGAUUACUGGCUUCUCUUUACCCCUCCUUCGAACCCUACGUUUUCUGCAACCGCGAUGGUCGGCACCGGAUAGAUUGGACAGACUUCAAUGCCACCAGGGAGCUUACUCGGGUCUUGCUCCGCCAUGAUCAUCAUCUCGACUGGUGGAUCCCUGAUGGGCAGCUUUGCCCCACUGUACCUAAUAGAUCAAAUUACAUUCAUUGGAUAGAAGAUCUUUUGUCAUCAGAUAUUGUACCUAAGAGUCAAUCAAAUGAAAACGCUGUGAAGGGUUUUGAUAUUGGAACAGGGGCAAAUUGCAUUUACCCUUUACUUGGUGCAUCUCUGCUUGGUUGGAGGUUUGUCGGUACUGAUUUUACUGAUGUAGCUUUAGAAUGGGCAGAGAGAAAUGUCAAGAGUAAUCCUCACAUUUCUGACUUGAUUGAAAUUAGAAAAGUUGUAAUUCAAGAUUCUUCAUUUGACGAUGACAGAGUUUUAAAUGGACCACUUAUCAAUUGCAAACGAGAUGUAGACGAGGAUAGCAAUUAUCACGGCCCACCUAUUAUUAUGGGUGUCGUCAAGGAUGGGGAGACUUUUGACUUCUGUAUGUGCAAUCCUCCAUUUUUUGAUGCCAUAGAGGAAGCAGGACAGAACCCAAAGACUUCUUGUGGUGGAACUCGUGAAGAGAUGGUUUGUCCCGGAGGAGAACAUGCUUUUAUAAUUCGCAUGAUUGACGAUAGUGUUCAGCUCAAGCAGUGUUUUAGGUGGUACACAUCAAUGGUUGGGCGAAAAGCCAACAUGAAAGUACUGAUAUCAAAGCUUUGGGAGGUUGGAGUGACUGUUGUGAAGACAACAGAGUUUGUUCAAGGGCAGACAUGUAGAUGGGGUCUUGCUUGGUCAUUUGUAGCUCCUGCCAAUAAGGCAAUACCUCACCGCAUUGCUGAGAAGACUAAUGAUUCUUUCAUGCUUGAGGGUCUUCAAUCCGGGCAUAGUGCCUUCAAUUUGUUGCAAUCUGUGGAGUCAUUUUUCUGUAGCAAUGGUGCAUCUUGUAAAUUAAAUACCGCCUCAUUUUACAUUGAUAUAACGUACCCCAACGAGCACUCUGAUGUCCCUAAGCCGAUUGAGAUGAAUAACAAAGCUUCUGCCAAUCGAAUAAAUGAUGUGCAUUUCCGUGUUUCAGUGUUCCAGCAAAUACCAGGGACACUUUUAGUAAAGGGAUCACUGCAGAAGAAAGACACUUCUUCAAACUCAGGUACAGGUGCAUUUUCUUUAAUGUUCCAACGGCUAGAAGUGUUUCUGAGAAAUGCCUUUUGUAAGGAAAAAUCAGCUCGCUGAUGCAUCCUGCCCAGAACUUAGCAUUCUAGACAGAUAUGUAUACAAUAAUUUUUUGCUUUGAAG